UGGUUGGGCGUGUCGGCCUUGAGGGCAUCUAUAUAUACUGUCAAGAAGGUAGGGAAGGCACUGGUCUCCUCUACCCACCACACAACCCAUCAUGAAGUGCCUGAUCGUGCUCGCCCUGGCCGCCAUGGCCCAAGCCAGCCCCAUCUACCUGGCAGAUACCCCCGAGGUCGCCGCUGCCAAGGCUGCUCACUUCGCCGAGGUCGCUAAGGCUGCCGUGGCUGUCGGAGCUCCUGCUUACUACCCUUACCUAGGCUACAGCUCGUACGGCAUCCCCGCUAUCACCCCUGAGGGAUUUGUCGCUGACACCCCCGAGGUCGCUGCCGCCAAGGCCGCUCACUUCGCGGAAAAGGCUAAGGCUGCUGCCGCCGCCGCCGCUCCCGUAGCCCCCAUUGUCAGUGCCGCCCCGUACUACGCCUACCCCUACGCGUACCCCCUCCCCACUGGUGGUUACACCGGACCCCUCGCUAUCCCCGUUGUGACACCUGAGGGAUACCUGGCUGACACCCCCGAAGUUGCCGCUGCCAAGGUUGCUCACUUCGCCGAGAUGGCCAAGGCGCAAGCUCAAGCUUAGGCACUGACUGAUCCUCAAUCCUGCUAAAUUCCCGGUCCUGGAUAGAGCCAGAGCUGCUGAGACCCCAGUUGGGCUUUUCCUUCGUAGCUAAAUCUGUAAUUUUAUUUAAGCAACUGGAAACUGCCAUAAAACCUUUUGUAAAAAUUUUAUUCAAUAAAAAUUGUUUUUGUUUCCAA